AUGACUCUCCUAUUGGAGACUGUACACGACGACAUCGUAUCGUUCAACGAGUCUAAGUGUUGGACGGAUAUGGCGUCAGAAACCCUGCCGUACGGCCCCGCGCAAUUUAUCAUCCUGGUUGAGUCCUAUCUUUGGGUCAUCUGUGAUAAAGCUCAUAAACAGAUGAAAGCAGCCGUCUACAAUGCCAAAUUAUAUGAUCGUGCUAAGCUUUGCAUGAAGGGCCUUGAUAAAACCACGACUCUUCUUGGUUUAUGCAACAUAGCCGAUAUUUCUCUUGAAAAGGGUAAGAAGGAGUUUAGAACGCUCAAGACAGAGUUUGAUACCUUAUAUCACGAGUCGGGUCAUACUGAGGAGCUGGAUUCGGACCAAGUUGUUAAUAUUUCACCUCGAGAAGCGCGGAUUUGGUGUCAACUAAAUACGAGAGAUAUGCAUAACAAAAUCAAGAGUUCUCACGGCAAUCCUGAAACUCUGAUUAGUUUGCUACGCGGGGUGAUACAACUUCCCCUCUCACACAACCCCUUUCAGGGUGAGCCUAAAAUAUGGCUCCCAAUCCCAUACAUGUUUUUUACAUGCCUUGGUAUAGACAAGAUUGGGAAGAUGCUGCAUCCAUGGGUUCAUGUUGGUGCUACGCAGGAGCGCCUCAAUCAUUGGCCCGAGUUUUGCAUCCAGCGCAAGAACGCUCGGGAUGCCAAAAUUGGCGAGUCCCUGAUCAAAGCAUGUCACGAUCGAAACGAAAGUCGUAAACGACUGGAGUGUGGCAUGAGCAAUACUGAAAAGGAAGUCUUGCGGUUCAAAGUAAUGACCGGCGAUAUGAGCAGCCUAGCGCCGGAACAGAGCGCAAUUGCCGAGUCGUGGACGAAGAACUCGAUUCGAUCCUGCAAGAGUCAUCUCGGGCAGGCCUUCAAGCAGGACGCUCAAGACCGGAACAGUUAUGGCCCGGUUGAUAGCUGCUACCAAUGCAAACAACUUUUCGGCUAUGACGAAAUCCAGGAGAGGAAUCCCAAAAGGGUAUUGAAGUUCCGGGCUGGGCAGAAGGAAGAGAAGAUAAGUCCUCACUCUUGUUGUGAGGUACCAGCAAGUGUUUAUUGUAAGCUGAAUAGCUUGUGA